AUGGCGGACACUUCGAUGGAAAUCGAAGUUGUGAGCCCCCUCGACUCCAAAGCAUCUUUGCCCAGCCUCCCCGCUGGCUCCUCGAAGCGCUCCUCCGUCGAUGCGGGGAAUUUGUCCCCAAGCGCCCAGGCUUUACGAUCGCCUAUGGCCUCAGGUGAGUACAGCAGUGCACUGGCGAGCUUUGAGGGCGCGUUGACCGAAAACUCCGGCAGACAAAGCCCCGGCUACCAUUCUUCGAUGGACAGCCCCAGCCCCAGCUUCCGCUCCAAGCGUGUCCAAGGCGGCAUUGGCAGCAACUUCAUUAAGGCCAAGCAGGUUGAUGAAAUGUCCAACCAUUCCAGCUAUGCUGGCAAGGUUCGCGCUUCUCUGCUGAAGUUUGUGCAAAGCACUCGGUUCGCGAACUUCAUGGCUUUGGUAGUGCUGGUCGAUGCGUCCUCAUUGAUCGUGGACAUCGACUCGAGAGCUGUGGGUGAAACACCGCCUCGGGCUCUCAUGCUGAUGUCGGACCUAUGCUUAGCUCUUUACACAGCAGAGUUGGUUAUGCAGGUAAUGCUUCGAGGUUGCCAUAUUCUGAGUCACUGGCUGGUAGCGAUCGAUGCAAUGAUCAUCGGCUGCGGCUACGCAGAGCUGGUUCUGAAUGCCCUCCUGACGAGUGAGACGCUGCAGACGAUCAGCUUCUUCAGCAUGCUCCGCGUGCUGCGACUGGCCCGAAUUCUGCGGCUGGUGCGGCUGCUGCGGAAGGCACCGCGCUUGCGGGAGCUACAGAAGCUAGUCACCAUGAUGGCGACCUGCUUGAAAGCACUGGUGUGGUCCUUCGUCUUCUGCUUCGUCAUCAUGACCGUCUGGGCCAUGCUUCUCGUGGAGAUCGUCGGCCCCCUGAUCCAGACUCUUAUGGAAGAUCCGGAUCACGAGCUAUGGGGUCGCUGCGGGGAGGAGUGUAAACUGUUGACCACCUCCGUCAUGCGGGCGAACGUCCUGCUUUUUAAGACUGUCAUUGCAGGGGACAGCUGGGGACUUAUCGCAGUCCCCGUGAUCAUGGAAUAUCCUGCGACGGCCAUCAUUUUCAUGGGCUCGCUGCUGACCUUGGUCUUUGGCGUGCUGAACCUCAUCGUAGCUGUCGUUGUGGACACUUUUGCGGAAGCGCGAGAGAGGGAUGUCCUGAAUCUGGCAGAAGAGAUGGAGAGAAACCAUGAAAACGACAAGAAGUUUCUGCAGAAGGUCUUCGAACGGAUAGACGAAGACGGCAGUGGUGAGCUCACGCUUGAAGAGCUCGUAGAGGGCGCCAGGAAAGACCAAGAGUUCCAAAGUCGACUGAGGGUCAUGGACAUCGAUGAGGUCGAUUUGCAGCAGCUCUUUGAGAUGAUCGACGUGGACGGAUCUGGCGCCAUUGAGGCCGCAGAGUUCAUCGCCCCGCUCAGCCGCUGGGUUCACGACUCGAAGACCGCGCCGAGAUUCAUCAAGUACAACAUGCUGCGGACCAUGCAGCAGCAGGAAGAGAUUUACCGGCAGUCGCAAUUCCACUACAAUGCCCUCUCCGUCAGAAUGGAAGAGCUUUAUCAGGCGAUCGAAACCAUCAACCAGGGCCGGCAAGCGCAGCUGGACGAUAACGCCGAACCGGUCUCCUCGGAGCUGGUCGCAGAGGAGCAGCCCGAUCCGGAGCCGCGGGAUCGCAAGAUGUCGAUGAUGUCUCAAGCGACAGAGCCCCUGGAACCGCUCGAGCGGCAUGAUUCUGCCCGGCAUCUUCCCGAGAUAGCAGAGGGGCCAGAGCAGCCGCAGGCUUCUCUCCAGGCGGAUCUGCGAAAGAUGAGCCGGAAGCCGCCUCAGCCGCUGAGUUUGGGACCCGUGCCUUCGAAGGACAGCACCGACGGAGGCCUCCACGGCCAUUCUCCGGCCGACAGCCACCAGAGCGACACGGCCUUGAAGUCGGCCCUAGAAAACUUGGAGCAGAACCUCUUGGUAGCCACCGAAGGAGCAUUGCGACGAUCCAUGAACUACGUAGAGGUCGCACUACAACAGACGUUGGGUCAGGCGAUCGCCUCUGCCUCGCACUUCCCCACGGCGAAGCCGUAG